AUGCUGGAGCGCUGGAACACGCAUUUCAGCACCACGGUGGAGCAGGAGCUGCUCGGCAUCGACUUGCAGCUAGCUCAGGACCCCAACUCAUCCAACCUGGGCACCACGGUGUGGGAUGCUUCCAUCGUGCUGGCGAAGUACAUCGAAAAGAACAGCCGGCGCGGCGACUUCUCGCGGCCCAAGGUGCGGGGCAGGCAGGCGCUGGAGCUGGGGGCGGGCAUGGGGCUGGCAGGGAUGGCGCUGGCGCUGCUGGGAGCAGACGUGGCAUUCACCGACAUAGGGGACGUGCUGCCGCUGCUGCAGCGCAAUGUAGACCAAAACAUCUCCACCGCCGCCCUCAAAGUCAAGGACGCGGCGUGGGCGGCGGCAGAGGUGGGGGCGGCCCGCGUGGCGUCGCUCGACUGGUCAGACCCCGCCUGCUACGCCGCUUUCCACCCUCCCUACGACUUCAUCCUGGCCGCCGACUGCGUCUACUCGGAGCUGGCGGUGCCACACCUGCUGGCCGCCGUGCUGCACAUGGGCGGGCCGCGCACCCAGACCAUCGUGGCAAACGAGUUCCGCUCCCAGACGGUGCACGACCUGUUCAUGCAGCGGUUUGGCCGCCACUUCACGAUACGCAAGGUGGCCCCAAACAAGAUGGAUGCCAACUACCAGCACCCGCUCAUACACAUCUACCUGCUCAAGCGGCGCAAGCAGCCGCUGGCAGAGGCAGGGGUCGAAGCCGCGGCGGCGGAAGGAGCAGCAGCGACCGAGGAUGGGCAGGCAGCAGCGCAGCGGGCAGGAGGAGUGGCAGGGGUGGUAGGAGGUGUGGCAGAGGGGGAGCAGCAGGAUGCAGAAGUAGGUGCAGUGGAAGAAGAAGAUCCAUUAGCAGCAGCAGCAGCAGCAGCAGCAGCAGCAGCAGUAGCAGCAGCAGGAGCGGCAGCGGCAGCGGUAGAAGAGGGGGCGGGGGGAAGAGAGGAGGGCGCCGCCAGCAGCGGCAGCUCGGCGGAGCGAUUUCAGACGCGGCGGCAGGGUGCCAUGCUGGCUCGAGUGCUGAAAGACAUCAAACUUUGA